AUGGGUGCUGUAUAUCCCUACGGGCAACUGAUCCGGUCAGCCCGGAGAGGUGUUACUUUCGUCCCUCGACGCACCCUGACAUAUUCCUUUCCUCGCCGUGCUCAGGAUGACGGCAGCAGCAAUGGGCCUAACGAGAAACCGGAGGAGCAAUCCAAACCGUCUGCCUUGUCCUCCAUCAAGAAUUUCUUCUUCGGUGGCCGGUCCGAGACCGCAAAGCCGAAAAUCACCCGCAGAGCAACAGCCCCUCCGAAGCGUGAAGGUUCAUUGAGUGCAGACUCAAUUUUCGCCGAAGAUGAAGCAACGCCGAAGCUUAUCGCAUCCGGCCGGACGCCAGCAGCACGCAAACAAGCCACCGAAGCGGCGGAAGGCGAGGAGGAAGCUAAUUUGGAGGUGGAAAACCGAAACCGUAUCACCAUGGCGGCCGUGCUCGAUCCUCGUCCGAAGGCGAGGAUGCGAUGGGAGCGCAAGAUGAUUGUUCGGGAAGUACGUCGUCGGGGUCGCCUAACGAAGACCGAGCAGAUUAUGCGGACGGAGCGUGAGUCACUGUCCAAGUCCCAUUGGUUCAAGACCUCCUUGAAGAAGCUGGGACCCCUCGCACGUCAGAUCGCGGGAAAGAAUAUCGACGAGGCUAUGUUACAGAUGCGCUUCAGCAAGAAGAAGGUCGCCAAGGACGUUCUUGAGCACCUCGAGCACGCGAAGAACGUUGCCAUUGUUCGGUCAGGCAUGGGUCUGGGCAACGCCACAGAACAGAAACCCAUCACCAUCACUCUCAAAACUGGUGAGCGGAAAACGAUCACCAACCCUUCAUCGAUCUACAUUGCCCAGGCUUGGGUCAACCGAGGACCAUACGGAGUCGACUACGACCAUCGCGCUCGAGGCCAGAUUAAUCGGCUACGGCCCCCUUACACUUCCCUGAGUGUCUUGCUCAAGGAAGAGAAUACCCGGAUCAGAGAGUGGCAGGAUCAUGAGGCUGAGGCACUGCGCAAGCGGAAAGCCCAACUUUGGACCCAGCUUCCGGACCGGAAGAUCACCGCCCAGAACCAGUACUAUAGCUGGUGA